AUGAGAGCAUCAAUGCUCAGUGUUACAAAGAGGAUGUGCAAUUCUGGUGAAGAGGAAAGUGAACUAAGAAGAGGUCCAUGGACUCUUGAAGAAGACACUUUGCUCACUCAUUACAUCACUCGUCAUGGUGAAGGUCGUUGGAACAUGUUGGCAAAAUGUGCAGGACUGAAGAGAACUGGAAAGAGUUGCAGGUUAAGAUGGCUGAAUUACCUAAAACCUGAUAUCAAGCGUGGCAAUCUUACUCCACAAGAACAGCUUCUGAUUCUUGAACUGCACUCCAAGUGGGGUAACAGGUGGUCAAAGAUUGCACAACAUCUGCCUGGAAGAACAGACAACGAAAUCAAGAAUUAUUGGAGGACAAAGGUGCAGAAAGAGGCACGCCAACUCAACAUCGAAGCUAAUAGUAAGAUGUUCCUUGAUGCUGUUAGGAGUUUUUGGAUGCCGAGAUUGCUUCAAAAAAUGGAACAGGCUUCAUACUCUUCUUCCUUGACAACACUUGAUUCACAAGCUGGUCAUGAAGUCAGGCCUCCACCAUCCAAUUCCACAGUUCCUAGUUCAUUGUCAACAUUAUUGUGUCCUCCAGAAAGCAAAUUGGCACACUACUCAAAUCCUGAUGGGAGUGAAAAUUCAAGUUCAGUCGCAAGCCCUUAUGUUCUUUCUACAAAUUCAAACACAACCACACUGCAGCCUGAAAUUCUUGAAAACCCAACUUAUUCCCCUCUACAUGGUGAUCCAGUAUACAACAACUUAAUUUGGAGUGACACUUGCUGUGAGGAGGGCAGUAGCUAUGACAUGGAUGGAUUCAAUCAGGCUUCUGCUGGAAUGGGCACUUACGAAAAUUCACCAUUGGAAUGCCAGAUGGCAGAAGGCAAUUGGGUGUUUGAUAGCAUGGAAGAUAGUUUAUGGAAUAUGGAUGACAUGUGGCAGUUUAGGGACUUGAGAGACACAGGCAUCUAG